GAGCCGCCCGUUCGAGCUCACCGUCGCCGGCAGUCGGCACCGAGUAUUCAAGUCGAGCGCGUCGAGGCGAUUCGAAGUCGCGGUGAGAGAGAAUUAUACACACGUAUUAUACCUAUAUACGAGACACAUAUAUACGUACGGGGGAAACAGCACGCAAUCUCGCGAACGUCGCUCGUUAACACGGUGUAUCGCGGGCACGAUGGCCGCCCGGCGCGUGUACCGUUCGCAACAAAAACAACAACAACAGUGCCGUACAUCCUGUCAUCGUCGCCGUAAUCAUUGUCGUCGUAGCGUUGCGCUCGCGGAGUCGCAGCCUCGCGCGCUCGCAGAAACGUCGCGGCCGCCGUAUCUGGCGUGCGGAUACGCUGGAACGCGCGGAUCUUCGUCGCGGUGCGCGUCGCAUUGAAGUUGCAGAGAGUCUCCCCGUACGUUUUCCGCGGCUAACGUCACCGCGGAGAGAGAGCAAUCCGAAAGCGAGGAGCGAAAAGGACAGUGCGCGCCUCGCUCCGCUGUAAACUCGGCAUAAAUACGGUCUGCCUUUUAUAUAUAUAUAUAUAUAUAUAUAUAUAUAUAUAUAUAUACUAUCUACCUCUGUGUGUGCGCCUCUUUUUCUUACACAUAUACACGGGAUCUCCAUCUUUCUCUUUUCUCGUCCUACGCUCCUUCUCGCGCGAGGAACUACAUUGCGGCAAUCUUCCCACGCACAUCUCCGUCUCUAUUUAUCUCUCUCUCUCUUUCUCUCUCUUUCUCCGGCUACGACGACCGGAAAUUAAACUCGCGCGAAAAGCGCGAACCGCGCGCGUCUUCCGUCGCUCGAGUCAUCGCGCGGAGUGCGUUUAUUUUUCUCUCCUGCGUAGAAAAGUGCUGCGGCCUAACCUCGUCGACAGUGAACGGAAUUUUCUGUGCACGCGGUGUGAAGUUGGCUCGGGUCGCGCGCAGCGAGACACGAAUCGAAUCGAAUCGAACACGGUAAUAAAGUAGUGAACACGGAGUGUUGAAGUACAGUGCGAGAAUCAGUUGUGCGCGUUUUCGCAAAGUUCCGAACGAAAGAGAAGACAGGGUGCAACGAGAGAGAUCGGGUAUCUUUCUUCGUUGGAACGCCGCCGAAAAUCGGAAACGUGAGACACCACGCCUCUCUCUCUCUCCUCUUUUCUCGCCGCCGCCGACCGAAGUCGAUAAGGAGCUACUACGAGUGAACAAGAAAGACGGUGGCCGUUGCUCGCGUGCCCACAAUAAUGCCGCACGUGAGCAGCAGCGGCGACGGCGGCGACGAGCUCGCCACCGAGGACGAGAUCAAGCUCUACAAGCAUGAGGGCGAGGAGGACAAGACGUCCUCGGAGAAUCUCACCGAGGACAAGAGCGACCUCAUCGACCUCACCGAAUCCGAGGAAAAAGUUGCGCUCGCCGGUGGAAGCUACGCGACGACGGGAAAAGCGUCGACGAGAUCCGACCUCAGCCCCGUCUUUGGUGAGUCCACUUGA